AUGGCGGCGGGAGCUCCCUUGACCCUGCUUCUCCUCACAAUCAUCCUCUGUCUCUCCGCGGUCAACGCGCUCUACAUUCCUGUUGAUGGUUGUCGCCCGCCCCUCGCCCUCGCCCCGCGCAGCGUGCGCGCCAACGUCCUCCUGGCGCACGCCCCUCUUCUCCCAGCGCCCUUCCUCCCCCGCGACUCCCUCGUGCCUCAUGCACCGUAUCUCGCCCGCGAUGCCAAGGUCGUCAACACAACGGCUGGCCUGCAGGUCGUCGACGGCGAGGGGAAUACGGUCGCGCAGGGAUCCGCGAGCGAUGGAGGCGGCUCAGGUCGUGACGUCUCUGCGAUCAUCUGGAUGGGCGGGACGCUCGCUGUCGGUGUACCCCUGCUGCUCGCGGGCAUUCGGGGCUGGCGAUUGACCACAGGCGCCGGCAUCGGCGUCUCAGCGGCUGUUCUGUCCUGGGCUGCCUUCAUCAAUACUCUCAACGACGAAGGGCUUCCCGACCUUGUGCUCACCGCCAUCGUCGGCGGCUUCUUCCUCCUCGGCUUCAUUCUCGGGCUCUUCAACUUCGCCCGCGGCGCCGCCAUUGGGCUCAUCGGCAUGGCCGGUGGCCUCGCGUUCGGCGUGCGCAUCGCGAUCAUCAAGGAGGGCCUGCUGUUUCCGGUCGACAGCCUGUACGCGAUCAACUGGGUCGUGGCAGGGAUAUUUGGCGCAGCGGGUGGCCUGUUAGUGAUCUGGAAACAGCGCGCGGGAUUGUUGCUAGGCUGCGCUUCGAUUGGGUCGUUCUUGACGGGCCUAGGUGUUGACCUCAUCCUGAACAAACAAGAUGGGAUUGGAAGAGGACUCAUUCUCCUCUUCGACCGAAAUUCGGCGCAUCUGGUGGAUCUAGCCGACGGCUACCAUCCUACCCUGCGGACCCGCAUCAUCAUCUACGCCUCUCUCGGCGCGACUCCCGUUCUGGCCUUCGCGCAGCAUCGCAUAUUCCGCCACCCCUUCUCCCGGAAGUCCGUCCCCGACGACUCUGCGCUGCAAGUGGACUAUCGCGACUCCGUUGUCGAGAAGUGGCGCAUGACGACGGGCUCCUGGCUACACUCCCUCUGGGACGGCUCGGGAAGCAAGACCGCCAAUCCGAACCGCUUCACCGUGAACUAA